AAAAUGAUGUGCAGCAGCAGCAGCAGCUCGUGGUGCAGCCUCCUGCUGGUGGGCGUGGUGGUGGCGCUGGGCGUGUGUGUGGGUGUGGGCGAGGCCAUCCCCCCUCCCAUCUGCCUCAACCAACAGCUGCCUCUCAGCCCCUAUGCUAAGAAGCUGUGCGCAGCCCUCUCCAACAUCUCAGAGUUCUCCCGGGCCAUGGAGGAGUACCUCGACGCCCAAGCCGUCAAGAACCUCAUGCCCGUGAACGAGCCCGAGGUCAAGCGCCAAGACCUGGACCACGUCUUCCUACGGUUCGGACGCUCCCAGUAACCAGAGAGAAGAGCGCGGGAAGGAGAAGAAGGAAGAGUUCACGCGGCUCUGGCAACACUCCUCGCCCGAGGGACCCUGCAGAUAAUGCCUAAGGAGGAUUAAUCUAAUGUUACUCUGCCAGCCUUUUUUUUGGUUUCAGCCUUUGGUGACACUGCUUAUGUACUGAUAUUGUGUUUUUUCUGUGUGUGUCCUUAGUGGUGAAUGAUCUCUUGAUUAUCUUGACCAAAAAAUGGCUGGCACGGUUACAUGAAAACUUUGUCUUUGUUUGAUUUUGUUAAUAUUACACCUCGAUAUGAAAAAGAAAAACCAAAAACAAUUUGUGUGUGAUUUUGAUUUGAAUUAAAUGCAAUAUUAUAUAUAUAUAUACAUACAUAUUAUAUACAUAUAUAUUUAUGUUUUUUAUCUCAUGUAAAAUAUGCAGCACUCAUUUUUAGAAUAUUCUAAAUAAAGCUGAAUCUCCCUACAACUAUGCUAUGUUUUGAUUGAACUGAUUGAACGGUUGAACAUUGAGUUGCAGGAUAGAACUGUUCUUCCUCAGGUCAUUGAGAUCCAUCCAUGUGUAUAUCUCCUACAGUUGCUGAGACCUGCUUGCAUGAUGAACUCCGCCAGUUGCUCUAUAUACCUCUUAUCUGAGAAUUAAAACGCUGAACACGCCA